GCAGCAGUCGCAUCGCUGACUAGUGUUAGCAUCCCUCAUCAAUAUAGCAUUGUAUUAAAGGGACUGGACGUGUACACAGGUCACACGGCAUGAGUUUUGUGGAAUACAAAGAGCAAAUAGAAGAUGGUGACACAGCCAUUGUCUUUCUGGGACAUGACUCCAUGUUCCCAGUGACUAUCAAACAUGGAAGCCAGACACAGACUAAAUAUGGGGUCAUCAGACACUCCACCGACCUUAUUGGAAAGAAGUUUGGCUCCAAGGUGACCUGCAGCAAAGGAGGAUGGGUGUACAUUCUGUAUCCAACCCCAGAGCUCUGGACCAUGAACCUGCCUCAUCGAACUCAAAUCCUUUAUUCUACUGACAUCUCGAUGAUCACAAUGAUGUUGGAACUAAAGCCGGGCUCGGUCGUCUGUGAGUCAGGUACUGGAAGUGGCUCGCUUUCCCAUGCCAUAAUUCGUACAGUGGCACCCACGGGUCACUUGUACACUGUGGAGUUCCACCAGCAGAGAGCUGAGAAGGCAACCGAGGAGUUCAGUCAGCACAAAGUGGAUCAUCUGGUAACCGUGAAGAAUCAGGAUGUGUGUAAGAACGGUUUUGGAGUAUCUCAUGUUGCAGAUGCUGUGUUCCUGGAUAUACCAUCACCCUGGGAGGCCAUCGGUCAUGCAAAAGAUGCUUUAAAGAUUGAAGGUGGUAGAGUGUGCUCCUUCUCCCCAUGCAUUGAGCAAGUACAGAGAACCUCUCUAGCCCUGGUGGAACAUGGCUUCACAGAGAUCAACACCCUGGAAAUCCUCCUGCGUGUUUAUGAUGUGAGAGGCAUCAGUCUUCCAAUCCCAGAUUUCGGGACGCCUGCCGAGGAGAAAGGAGAACGUUCAGACGCCGAUAAGUCCAAACGGUUCCCCGCUUCCCAGCCAGGCAUGGCACAUUUUAAAAGCGGCGUAUCGCCCAGAGAAAUGGUGGGUCACACCGGGUACCUGACCUUUGCCACCAAGAGUUUAUUUUAGGAUUUUCCCUUUUUGUAGCAUUGAGCUUGUGCACAUCUGUGUGGAGAAAGCUCCAUAUAUAGCCAGACUCGGCUGAAGAAUGCAUUUAUGUAAACACAUUCACUCUGAAUGGCAGAGACUGAACCGAAAACGUUACAGUACGCAUCAGCAGCUCUGCCAGGGAAUGAAGACAAAUCGUCUUGCUGCAGCCAUU